AGCAAAUAAAUUUAUAAUACCAUGUUAAAUAUUUUUAAUUCAACUAUUAAAUCUUUUAAAAUUAUUUUCUUCCUAUUAUUUGUUAUUAAUAUGUAUAUUUUUUAACUUAAUUCAAUAUUUAAAUCAUGAUAAAUAUUAUGAGACGUUGUGGUCCGUCAUCUUUGAAAAUGUGCUGUUCAUGUUUUCUUCGGUAUGCUUCUAGUCAGUCAUUUAAUAUUGAUAAAGUAAAACCUCCUCCCAUACCAGACAUAGUAAGAAAGCCAGCACGUUUGCCUUUUUUGAAAACAAUUUAUGCUAAACAGUAUGAUUUAGAGGUACUAACUUAUCCUGAGGUACUUAAUUUGGAACGUUACAAAGACAUGGAAUCAAGGAUGCAACAAGUCCACAACAAUUGUUCAAAAAUUGACACAAUAGGACAACUAGGUUUAUUUGGUAUGAAUGUUCCGUACCCAUCUUCAGGUCUCAAUCUCAGUGAAACAGAGAUUACUAGGCUUUUUGAAUAUUUUGAUUCAAAUAUCUAUAAAGAUAUAUUUAACCAUACAGUAUGUGUUGACAUUGUUAAAACAUUUGGCACACCUAAUCAGAAAUCGGUGUAUUUACCAUUAUUUGCAUCAGGUGCCACCUGUUCUUACCAUGACAAUGUAAAUUCAAUCAAGAAGUCUAAUGAGAUUUGGGAACUUAAUGGUUCUGUUGAAAGAAAUCAAAGUGUUUAUAUGUUAAUUUUUGAUGGAAGUAAUGCUUUUAUUUUAGAAAAAGACAAAACUCUAAUUGACGGAGAUUAUAUACAUUUGAAACAGUUUAAUGUUGUAGCUGAAAACAUCAUAGAGAAUGUUAAUAUGAAAGACAUUACAAAUAAAGGAAAAUUGUAUACAUGUUCUUCCUUAAAUAAAUCAUUAAAAAAUGCACUGCAAAAAACUAUUAAUAACAUAUUAACAAAAGAAAGGCAUGGUGAUAAAUUAAGACAUUAUGAUUCUGUAUUAAAAAUAGUAGCAAAUUCAUUAGUAAAUAUUUAUAGUAUUGAAAGUAUGAUUUAUCUAACUACAUGGAUGAUUGAUGGAUAUGAUAAUCCAGAUGUUGAGUUAGAAACAGCGACAAUAGAAAUGUUUUCGCGUCAAACUGCCAAUACAAUAUUAAGAGAUUUAAAAACUGUUUAUGGUAGAAACUCUAUUAAAGAACCAUUUUUAACUUGUUGUAAUGAUAUCGAAAAAUUAGUUUUACAUUUAAAAAAUAGUAUUGAGUUAUCAGAGUUUAUUAGUAGUCGAGGAAUUGAGUACUCAAAUAAAUCAGACUAUAAAGAAAAUGUAUCAUUUUUAGUUUCAGCUUAUAGAAAUAUGAUGAUGAAAAAAGAUGACCCUAGUUUAACAUAUGGUUUUCAACAAUUUUUACAUCCUGCUCUUAAGCACUCUGCUAAUGCUCUUGAAUACUGUGUACUGAAAUUUCAAUAUGCGAUUGAAACUAGUCGUAAUAACAACCAAUUUAAUGUUGAAAAUAAACUAUUAUUGGAAAUGAUGUCCAAAACAAUCAUGUACAUAUACGCUAUGACAGCAGUAAUUGGUAGAGCAUCAAGAGCAUAUUGUACUGGAAUACGAUUUUCAGAUCUAGAGAUGACUGUAGCUGAAAUAUUAGUCAGAGAGUCUCAGGCUUCAUUAAAACCUAUAUUUGAAAAUAUGAUUACUGGAAAUUACAUUGGAAGUAAUUCAGUUUAUGAAUCAUUUGCCAAGAACAUGUUUAAUAAUUCUAAAAAAAUGUAAAAACAUGCUGUCAAUAUUUCAUAAUAAAACUUUAUUUUUCCAUUAAUGUAUAAUACAGAUUUGGUUGUUAUUAAUAGAUAAAGUUUAUAAUUAUAAAUAUGAUUAUUUACAUUAAAAAUGAAAUAUGAGUAUAGCUAUGGAUAAGAAAAUAUACAUUAUAUUCAAAAUAUUGGUAAAUACAUAAAUAGAUUUGA